AUGGCUUUACUUCCUAUUUCUUGGGGCGGUUCAAGUGGCCGGGAAAAUCAGCGAUUUGCAGAGUGGAGGGCUGGUGUUUUGAAAGAGAGGCGGAGGGGAGAGAGGGAUUUCCCCAUCCCCGCUGCACUGGGUCCAUCCCCUCGGUUACUCCUUUUCUCCGCCCGCGAGGCCCGUAACCUGCUGGAACCGUUAUGCAGUAGAGGCGGCCCGGUCCCUUUAAGACCCCGCCGCGCCUGCGCCUUGGGUUCUCCUGACUCCGCCGAGCCUGAUCCUGAGGAGCCAGUCGCGGGCUGGCGCGGGCGCGGGGCUGGCUGGCGGUUGAGACCGCGGCGGUACUGGGAGUGGUUGGUGAGGGUCGCGAGGCUGCCUGAGCUUCUGAGUGAGCAUGGCGCUUUUGGAACGCGGGACUGGCGACCUGCUGCGCCAGGAGCUGGGCCGAGGCGCGGCGGCGCGGCUGCUGGCUGCCCUCUGGAUGGGAAGUUACCGCGAAGUCCAACCCAGCCUUUCCGAGGCAAUCUGAAGGCAAAUCCUGUUUCGACCCAGGCGAAGGUUCCUGGUGAUCCAGGGUCUCACCAGCCGAUUGUCCCUUCCUGUCCUCCUGAGGGUGUCUGGAGCUUCAUUGUUGUGUGCUCUUGGCCUCCAUGCUGGGGUGCCACCGACUCCCACUGUCCAGAGCUUCCGGUGGACUCUCCGAGGCACUGAUGCAGAAACUUCCCCAUUCGGUGCACCAAGAGCAGCCUCACACGGUGUAGGCCGACAUGAAGAGCUGCCGGAUCCAACAGCUCCCAUCAAGGAAGAUCCAGAAACAUUCUCCUCACCAAGGCAUUAAGAAAUGCACGGGUGAGGGGAACAGUGGCGUGACUGUCAAGUACCUGUGGUACCUACUGUCUGCAAACUGGAGGUCAUGGCGGGAGAUGCUGCAUGGAUUUGCCCUUGCUGCUGUCAGUGAGAAGAACAGGGUUCUGGAAGAGCAGAGGACAGGCCGUGGGACUUGGCCAUCUAGAGACAAGGCGGGAGGGAUUUCUUUGAGAGGUAGGGUUAUGUGGUGGUUACUAAUCAUUGUGAGGUGUCUGGGAAUGUAAUGGAUGGGAAAUCUAGUAAGGAAUGAACUUUUGUAAUAAUUAGAAAAGCUGUAGUUCUGAGGACAGAGACCUGAUGCAGUCACCAUAGUGGGAAUUUAUGACCUGGCAUCCAGUUGAGAUGCCUGGAGCUUCUUGACUGAGGGGAGAUGGAUCCCUUGAGGAAGAGUGAAGCCUUCAAUGUUGCCGCAAGUGUAUGCUGUCAAUCUUCCUUCAGGCCUCCCCCUGAAGGACCUGAAGUCAUUUAUGUGAGUGACUGAGGAAAGGGAGAUACUCAGAGCUUCUGUGGCUUGUUAGAUUCUGGCUCUGAAGAAUGCUAACCUAAGGGCACCUGUGGUGGCCAUGAAAAUGCACUACUUGCAUCUCCAGCAGCAGGAGGCCUAACGAAUCAACAGCCCAGGCUGCUACACUCCGAAUUGAGGACUUGAUGACAUUUCCCCGCGAGUCUGUGCUAGCCCAUGAUGAGGAAAGCCUCAUAUCAAGUCCUCUCAACAGAACACCCCUGAUGACUGAUGAGGAUGUUGAAGCUGUUUUCCUGUGGCAGCUGUGAUUUACUUUCUUCAAAGUCUGUUUUGUUCAUACACAUUAACUGAUUUGUAUAAAAUAGGAGAAUAAAUGCCUAGACUCCCUUGAGUCCAUCUUUUAUUGAUAAACUCUAGUUCUGAGGACAGAAGCUUGAUGGAGUCAGUAUAGUGGGAAUUUAUAACUUGGCAUCCAGUUCAGAGACUUGGAUCUUCUUGACUGAGAGGAGAUCGGGUCCCUCUGGGGAACAAAGAAGCCUUCAAUGUUGUUUCAAGUGUAUCCUGUAAAUCUUCCUCUAGGCCUUCCCAGAGGGACCUGCUAUAUGACGUAUGAUCCAGUGACCCCAAAUUCAGAGUGUUCUCGUCUACUCUGAAGAAUGCAAUAUCUUACUCCUCUGGAUUCAACCUAGUACCAAUGUUUGUGUGUAGCUAUGCAGCUUAAUAGACCAAAGCUAAUUAGAUGAGGAAUGGUAGACCCAAUUCAACCGUACAGGCAUCAACCAUAUCAGCAUACAGGCAUCCCUCUCCCACCGUUUCAUUUUUGUCCCCACUCCAACGUCUUCUCCAUUUUGUUUGUAUUAAUUUUCUAUUGCUGCAUGCUAAAUUACUGCUAGCUUUUAGAGUCUUAAAAUAAGACUGAUUUAUUUUCUGGCAGUAUCCACAGAUGAGAAGUUGAGGCCUGGAUUAGCUGGGUCUUCUUCUCAGGGCCUCACAGGCUGAAAUUAGGCUGGGUUUCUUUCUGGAGUUUCUGGGGAAGAAUUUGCUGUCUAGUUUCCUCAGGUUGUCAGCUGAGUUCAGUUCCUUGUGACUGUAGAACUGAGAUCUCUAUUUUCUUGCUGACUGUCAGCCAGGGGCCUCUCGCUGCUCCUGGAGGCCUCCCAUGUUCCCAAUACAUGCUUCCUCCAGCCAGAAGAGGAGACUCGUCCUGAAUGGAAACCCUCCUGCACUUCACAUCUCUCCAGGAAGACCUCAGUCCCUCCAAGGAACUCACCUUCAUUAGGUCAAGCUCAUAAGAUCAUCUCUCUAUAUUAAAUUUGACUGAUCUGAGAUCUCAAUUAUAUCUGCUAACUUGUUUUUGCAUUAAAUUGUAACACAAUCACA